AUGCCUAUGAUCAUCCCACCCACACUUACCGAAGAGGACGGCGCACUCACCAAGGCAUGCGAAGAUGCCCUCGUCGCCAUUUUUGAGCGCUACGAUGUCGAUAAGGACGGAGCAUUGAGCAACGCAGAGCUGGACGCGUUCGCCAAGGAUACCAACGGCGACGUGUUUGAUGAGGUCGCACGUGAAGAGAUCACAGAAUUCCUCGACCUGGACAGCAAGGGCCAAUUGACACUCAAGGGAUUCCUGCAGAUGUACAACCUCCAGACCUCAAGUGAGCCCGAGGAGACUUGGAAGGACCUCCAGAAGCAUGGAUACGAUACCAACCUCAAACUCGUCGCCUCCCGGAAUGAGGACCAUGAUGAGAAGCCAAAGAGGCCUUAG